AUGAUUCCAGUCUUUGGAGAUGAUCCUAUUAAACGCCGCCGAGAAAUCAAUCUGGGAGGUGCUCACUCUGCUGUUAGUUACUCCGACAUUCUCAACGACGCUAAGGCGAAGCGACUACGUCGACUGGAUGUCAAGCGCAGAGAGGAAGCUGCAAUAUCGAUACAAGCUUGGUGGAGGGGACACUCCGAGGCGCGAUUUGUGAAGCAGAAUCUUCUGUGCACAUUUCAGGAAGAUGUCACCAGCCUGCGUGGCCUUAGAUGUCUCGUGCUCAUCGGACAGGAUGAGGAGGCGCUGGGAGCAUGGUCGGCCGCAGUGGUGAACGGGCAACAAGAUGUCCUUCUGCAAGCGGACGCCAGUUGGCGCUUUCUCCUUCGGAGGACAGCAUUAUUGCUAUUGCGAUCUCUCUCCAACGCUCCAGAAUCUCAAUAUGCUGUGAUGCACUUGACUGUGCUGAACCAACUGCUAUCUGGCAAUGCGUACACGUCGGAGUACACCAAGUACCUUCUUGAUCAUGGAUUUUACUUUCUGAUCGGACAAUCGAUGUCGCAUAUUCCUAUCGAAAGGAAGACUUCCCCGAGUUUGCCACUGCUGACAACGCUAAUUACGCUGCCAUUAUCAAAUGCUGAAUUUCUCAGACAGAGCUUUCAAGAUUUCAUCAUCCAUAUAUUCAGCAUUCCACUCCUACCCAAUCGCCUCUCGCUACCUUUGCUUACAUCCCUGUCCGCUCGUCUACCUUUGUCUUCAAUUCACGUUCUGUCUCGCUCUGUGGCAGAUAUUGUCGGCAACCCGUUAUUGUCGUUGCCAGAGGCGAAGGUUCACUUGCUAGCAAACAUGACUGCAUUCAUGCCUCCGCGAUACGAGAAAUUGCCCGCUAGAUCUUUCGACACGUAUCUCCAGCUCACUGCAGCGCUCAUGAAUUCGCUUCCGACACAGGCCCUGGAGCCUCCAGAGAAGAAGCAGGAAACCUCAUCACAUUGGGCCGAUGGAGAUGAUGCUGACGACGAACCACGCGUCUCCGUUGUAUCUUCGUUUGAUGCAAAAUUGCAGUUGCCACAACUAGAUGGACGUACAUUGAAACGACUCCAAACUCUUCCAUCUCCGCAGCAUCUGAACUCACUGCUGGCAGCUACACAGUCUCGUUCGUCAAGAUCUGAUCUGCUAUCAUUUCUUUUUGCAUUGACUACUGUGUGGCCGACCCGGAGGGAUAAGGUGCUAAGCACGGUUUUUGCAUAUAACGGAGGUGGUCUUGUGCGAGAGAUCUAUCGUAGCUAUGUGCGAGGUUCGCCUUUGGGCCGCGAAGACGACGCAGGAUCUAUGACAAACACUGGAAACGCUUCGUUGUGGCCUCCACUCCUGUUCCUCGUUGACCUAUACAAUCAGGCGCUGUUGACGAUGGGAGACGAUGAGUUCUUCUCAAGCAAUUCGAGCGUUAACGUUGCCCGCAAUCCGUUAUCAGUUGAUGAACUCACGUCUUUCUCCCGACAACUCCUCAACAUCGCAUUCACUUUGUACUGGAAAGAGGACCAGACCAACGUCCAGGAAGGUGGUGUCCCAGGAUUAGGUAUCUUGAAGUGGGAGGACGUUCGGGUGAAAAUCACGAAGUGCCUGCAAGCCAUCCAUGCAAGAGAUUCCCGCAGACCAUUCACGCCCGCCGAUCACUGGUUGAUUACCUCUCAGGUCGACAUGACUACCUUCGUUCAAGCGGCUGUUUUCGAGGAACGUCAGAUUGCCCAGCCGGAAGGUACCCGCCCACUGUCAAAGCGCCAAGUCGCAUAUUUGUCUCCACGACUGGGUGUGCUCAACAACAUCCCGUUCGCGAUUCCGUUCGAGACUCGCGUGUCCAUCUUUCGCCAUUUCAUCGCGAACGACAUGCUCAGUAGAGGGGUUGACCAAUACGGGCGCCGAUUCCAGACUCGCGUUACCGUGCGGCGGGGAAUGAUUGCACAGGAUGGAUUUGAUCAUCUGCAGGAUGUGGACUUGAAGUCGCCUAUCGCGAUCUCGUUCAUUGACCAAUUCGGGCAGGAAGAAGCUGGCAUCGACGGAGGCGGCGUAUUCAAGGAGUUCUUGACCUCUCUCUGUAAGGAGGUGUUUGAUACAGACAGGGGACUUUGGCUCGCAAAUCAGAAGCACGAAUUGUAUCCCAACCCGCACUCAUACGCUACAGAAACCCAUAGCUUGAACUGGUAUCGUUUCAUUGGCCGUAUCCUCGGAAAGGCGCUAUACGAGGGCAUUCUAAUCGACGUCGCUUUUGCCGGGUUCUUCCUCGCUAAGUGGCUUGGGAAGCAAAGCUUCCUAGACGAUCUGGCAUCGUUAGACCCAGAGCUGUACCAAGGCCUGAUCUUCCUCAAACAUUACACCGGCAAUCCGGAAGACCUGUCUCUUAACUUCACUGUCGCGGAAGAAGAGUUUGGUGUCGCAAAAGCCAUGGAGCUCAUACCCGACGGUAGCAAUAUUCCGGUCACCAGGGAAAACAGACUGCAAUACAUAUACCUCGUGUCGCAUUAUCGCCUUACCAAACAGAUCAAGCUGCAGAGUGAGGCAUUCUUUGAGGGUCUCUCCGAGAUGAUCGACUCAAAGUGGCUCCGGAUGUUUAAUCAACAGGAGCUCCAGAUCUUGUUGGGCGGCGUGAACUCUCCGAUCGAUCUCGAAGACCUGAGGGAGCAUACUCAUUAUGGUGGUCUAUACGACGAUCACGAACCUACUAUUCAAGUAUUCUGGAGAGUUGUCGACUCGUUUGAUCAAGAACAGCGCCGAAAAUUGCUGCGCUUCGCAACCAGUUGCAGUCGUCCGCCCUUACUUGGAUUCAGAGAACUUGUUCCCAAUUUCUCCGUCCGAGAUGCUGGCUCAGACGAAAAUCGCCUCCCAACUGCGAGCACAUGCGUAAACCUGCUAAAGCUGCCACGGUACAAGAGCGAGAUUGUUCUUCGUGAUAAGCUCCUGCAAGCUAUCAACGCCAAUGCUGGCUUCGACCUGUCUUGA